CAAUAAGUGCGACUUUGGUAACUUUACGACGUCCCUCAAAGUCAAGAACAUGCCUGCUGAUCUGGUCCCGCUAGCUUCGACAUCCCAAAUAGAGCGCACGCCUUCUAGAGAAGAUGGUAUACCUGCGGACUUGGAAGAGGACCUGAGGGCAUUUGGUUGCAAACUCAUUCAUGAAGCUGGUAUAUUGCUGAAACAGAAACAAGUCGCUGUGGCUACAGCCCAGAUUCUGUUUCAGCGUUUCUGGUAUGCAACUUCCAUGAAACAGUUUGGUAUCGGGGACGUCGGAAUGGGAGCCUUGUACCUCGCAUCAAAACUAGAAGAAUGCCCGCUCCGCACGCGCGACCUCAUCAACAUAUACGACCUCCUUCUCCAACGCACAGCGCACACCCUCUCCGCUUCGCCCAAAGGCAAAGAACCCUUCAAAUACGCUCCAAUGUCUUAUUUUGGAAACACGUUCUACGACCUGAAAGAUGCCCUGGUCGUAGCUGAGAUGCAAAUACUCAAGCGAUUGGGAUUCAACGUCCAUGUGGUUCUGCCGUACGGGACGCUUAUAAACUAUUUGCGCGUUCUGGGGUUGACGAGUCGGAAAGACGCUUGUGCGAAAGCAUGGGGAUACCUCAACGAUGCCCUACAAACACCCGUCUACGCGCUAUACGCCGUCCCAACGAUAGUCAGCGCCGCAAUUCUCCUCACCUCUCGUCAACUUGACAUUUCCUUACCUUCUUCUCCGCCUCAUUGCUGGUGGGACCUCUUUGAUGCGCCUUGGGAGGACGUGUGGAGCGUUUGUGGGUAUGUUAUGCGCUUGUAUCGCGAUCGCACGCCUGAGGAGAGGAUGAGGGUGUUGAGAUUGGUGGGUAAGAAGGAUGUGAGGGGGUGGUUGGAGGAGAAUGUUGUUGUGCAGUCUUGAUGUGGUCUUUGCGACUUGGGCCCUGGGUGGACGUGUUUAUGGUCCGUGCAGGUUCUUGCUCUGAUCCGCCGGUUGCAAAAUCUCGCUGCGGUAGCCUUAUGGUCCGAGAUGCACAGAAUCACAUCCAUCGAUUCAUUGGUCAUCCUAGCAUCAGUCACCCAUUCCACU